ACUCCCUGAACACUUUUCGAAGUCCGCGUAGAGCAUCGCACAUUAACCCAACGACGUUUCAAGACCCCGCGCCACCUCUCAACCUACUCCUCACUUCCCUAAAGCGAUCACAGACCCACGAUGUCCGAUGCACCACUAAAACCCCGCCGUAUACGCAUCGGCAUCUUGGUCCCCUCUUCCAACACCGCUCUCGAGCCCCUAACCACUCAAAUCCUCGCCUCAAUCCCCUCAUCCGCCAACGUCCACGUGACCGCGCAUUUCUCCCGCUUCAAGGUAACCACGAUAGGCCUCUCCGACUCAGCGCUCGCCCAGUUCGACCAUGAAAAGAUGCUCGAAGCCGCUCAACUGCUCGCCGACGCCAACGUUGACGUGAUCGGCUGGAGCGGCACAUCCGCAGGCUGGCUCGGCUUCUCUUCAGAUGAGCAACUAUGCCAGCUGAUCCAACAAAAGACGGGCAUUCCCGCGACGACGAGUAUCCUGGCGCUGAACAAAGCGCUGGAAAAACUGCGCGUUCGACGACUCGCCCUCGUCACACCCUACACUGUCGACGUCCAAAAAGCGAUUAUCGAGACCUACGCGUCUAGCCUCGGCAUUGUCAUCGCGUGGGAGCGCCAUCUCUCACGCACGGAUAACGUGCACCUGGCGGCUUUGGGUGCCGAGACGCUGGACCCGAUGGUUGACGGGGUUGUGAAGAGCGGCGGAAUGGCGGAUGUAGAGGCUGUGACGACUUUUUGUACGAAUUUAUCGGCGGCGGCGGAGGUGGAGAGGUGGGAAGGGCAGCAUGGAGUGCCAGUGCUGGAUACAGUUACGACGGUCGUGUGGGAUUGUUUGAAGUUGUGUGGUCUGAAUACCGGAGAUAUUAAGGGGUGGGGGAGGAUUAUGAGGUUGUGAGGGUGAGAGGCCGUGG